AUGAAUUAUGUUGUGCUUCAGAAUUCACGUGGUCGUUCUGCCGCAUUAGUAAAUUUUGGGUCGCGUGUGAUCUCAUCAACGAUAAAAAAAGUGGCAAAAAAAAUAUUAGAUUCUUUGAAAAUGGUUGCAGAACUUCCAAACGAAUGUCUCCAAUUUAUAUUUAAAAAAAUACCACCAGCAGAGAUUAACUCUCUUCACUCGAUAAUACUGGUAAACCGAAAAUGGUGCCAGAACGCAAUGCCCAUUUUGUGGGAAAACCCAUUUUCGGAAGAGAUUAACCUACCACUAUCUCACAAAGUUUUUUCAACCUACUUACUCUUCAUUCCCGACUCGGUAAGAGCAGACUUGGAAACCAAGAUCAAUAGAGUGCUACCGGAUUCUUCUUUCGUGAAAAACAAGACUUUUGAUUACCCAUCAUUUCUUAAACAAUUUCAUUUAGAUGAAAUUUUCUGGAGUAUUAGAAGAUGGCUAGACAGUCUAAAGUAUAUCAGUGAAUCUAAACGUGAAAAGCGGCGAGAUUACUUGGUUGUGGUCUUUCUGGAAAUAUGCAAACUAUUCUCGAAGCAUAAAGUAAAGGUUAAUACUUUCAUUUCGAGGAUCGCAUCCGACUACUUUUUCCAUUCAACCCUCGAAUCUGCCGGUGAAGAAUUUGUACAAGAUGUUUGUCUUAAAAUUAAUGAUUUGAAACGGAGUUACAUCGAUUAUGGUUGUUUCUCUCACCUGAGAUGUCUUGAAUUUAUUCUUAUGAAAUAUCAUAGUGAUCUAUUAAUAUAUUUGUCAGAUCAUUGCCGCAACAUUUCAACGAUAAAAAUCACGAUAACAUGGAGGUCACCAAAACUGGAGUCAUUUGCAGAUCCAUUAAUCAAAUUUAUUAGAGCACAAAAAGGAAUACAUGAAUUAAGCAUAAUAACGAGGUCUGAUCAUGGGAACACUACAUAUGAAAUUUCACCCAUUUUCAAAGCUAUCGUGACGCAAGCCAACUCCUUACGCAAAUUAGAAUUCGCAAAAAUUGGCCGAUUCGACAAAUUACUUGAAUCCUUUUCUAAGCUACAAGAUUUUCCAAAGCUUGAAUAUAUCAUAUUUGAGGAGAUUUUCUUAACUGAUACUCGUCCCUCAAGUAAGGUAGAAUGGAGAAAAUCAAUUCAUUCGAUGGUAAAAAUUUGUGGUGGUAGAAUUGAAAAAUUUGUGACGAACACUGCUAGUAUCGGUUCAGAAGGGGUUGGAAAAACUUCGUUGGUAGUUCGUUAUACGCAGAAAACCUUUUCACCGAAUGCAUCAUCAACCAUUGGAGCCUCGUUUAAUGCAAAAAAACUUGUUGUAGAUAAUUGCAAAGUACGAUUACAAAUAUGGGAUACGGCAGGACAGGAACGGUUUCGUUCAAUGGCUCCAAUGUAUUAUCGUGGGGCUAACGCAGCAAUAUUAGUCUAUGACAUAACAUCUGAGCAAAGUUUUCUAGAUAUGAAUUCUUGGAUUGAAGAACUGCGUAAAAAUAUGACGGAGGAUUUAAUAAUACAUGUAGUAGGCAAUAAAAUAGAUUUAGCACCAACACAACGAGUCAUACCCCUUAAAAGAACUCAAGAGUACGUUGCUCGUGUUCUGGGCGAUAAUUGUGGUGUGCAUGAAGUAUCUGCAAAAGAUGACAAAGGAAUAGAAGAACUGUUCCUUCAAAUAACUCGAAAUCUAGUUGAACGUAAAAAUGAACUUGAGCGAGGCCCAAGACCGAUAAUAAACCCAUAUAAUCCUAACCCCAAAUACCGACCAAACCGCAUGAUCGAUGAACCGAAUCAAAGAUCAUGUUGCAAUUCAUGA